AUGUGGGCACCAGCCCUCAGCAGUGCGUCGCAUGAUUUGGCAUCGCGCAAUCGCGACGUCAGUCUGAUUUGCCGAUUCGCCUACACAAGGAUCGAAGCCAAGCUGCCGUUGGGGCCUUCCACUCUUCAUGUUAGUCGACUCUUUGUCGACAUAGUUGCGCGUGUGCUGAACUGCAGUCAAAGUAACUGCUGCUGCAAUGAAAGGUCCGAACAGCUGACGGCUCUUACGGUCCUCACGCAAGUGGAAGCUAUCGUGCAGUGGCGCUUGCUUGAAGGAGUGCGCCGUGUAAUCGUGGGAGCAGGAGUAUGCCAGAAGACUCCUGACAGCAUCCUCCCAUCAUUGUACUGGCGUUCCCCUGCCAACCAAUGA